AGUACAAUUUUAUUACGAUGUCAAACGACCUCUCCUGACUUGCCCGCACGCACGCGCGCAGACACGCGGACUGGGAUUACAACAACUGGAGUAGCGCGCGCACAAGUAGCUCGUGUUUAUGUAAUGCCAUAUGUGACUGUGAAUGUUUGUGUGUGUAUGUAUGUGUGUGUGUGUGCGUGUAUGCGCGCUGGAGCUGGCGCGAGCUGGUCCAGCACCGCGGCGGCGACAGCGGUCACACGUUUAACAUCAGCGACCUGUGCGUGUUAUUCUGCGGAUUGAGGGCUCGUGAGAUUUCAGGGGUGCGGAUUUGACCCAUCAUAUAGGAGGGCGCUCGAGCUCCACCGUUUUCACGCACGGCACGCACGUAGACCCGGUGAAAUCGUCACGCGGAUUGAAUCAGUGGAAUCUGUCGCGAGUGUGUUCCUGCGUGGCCGGAGACGAACUGGCAGAAAGCGAGGUCCGGUCAGUCGAUCGGCAGACGGUGUGGGUCGGUAGCACCGCGCGGUGAGAGGAGGUAGAGCGGGGCGUGCGCUGGACUCCUGGCCGAAUCGGAGCAUCCCACUGCCGGCAGCAUCCAUCCCUCCGCGCCUCAGCUCCAGCGGGAGGCCCGGAGCGGCGGCAGGAUGUAGCAGCGGAUUAACGGAGGAGAGAGGGUCGCUCAGAGGAAGAGAGCGGGACCGAGAGGACCGAGGCGGCGGGACGGAGGGGACAUGGGGAAGGACCAGGAGCUGCUCCAGGCCGUGAAGACCGAGGACUUGCUGACAGCUCAGCGGCUUCUACAAAGACCUCGGCCGGGGAAAGCCAAACUCCUCGGAGCUGCGAAGCGAGUGAACGUCAACAUCCAGGAUGCAGAUGGGUUGGCAUCGCUGCACCAUGCUGCUCUGAGUGGUAACAAGGAGCUGAUCUCUCUGCUGUUGGAGGCCCAGGCAGCAGUGGAUAUUAAAGACCAUAAAGGGAUGCGUCCUCUGCAUUAUGCUGCAUGGCAGGGGAAGACUGAACCAAUGAAAAUGCUGCUGAAGGCAGGCUCGUCAGUCAACGGACAGUCAGAUGAAGGACAGAUCCCUCUCCACCUAUCAUCUCAGCACGGACACUAUGAUGGGUCGGAGAUGUUACUACAACACCAGUCCAACCCGUGUAUCUCAGACUCAGCUGGGAAAACACCUUUGGACCUCGCCUGUGAAUUUGGACGUGUCGGAGUGGUCCAGCUCUUGCUCAGCAGUAACAUGUGUGCAGCCAUGCUGGAACCAAAACCCACCGACCCCAAUGGAGUAUCACCUCUACAUCUCGCUGCCAAGAACGGACACAUCGAUGUCAUACGGUUGCUGAUUCAGGCUGGUAUAGACAUUAACAGACAGUCCGAGUCUGGCACAGCGCUACAUCAGGCAGCCCUCUGUGGGAAGACAGAGGUAGUGCGACUGCUGCUGGAUAGUGGCAUCAGUGCAGGAGUGAGAAACACUCUGAGUCAAACUGCCCUGGACAUUGUUAACCAAUUCACCACCACGCAGGCCAGUCGAGAGAUCAAACAACUACUGAGAGAUGCCUCGGCUGCGAUGCAGGUGCGUGCCCUGAAGGAUUACUGCAACAACUACGACCUUACCAGCCUCAACAUCAAAGCUGGAGACAUUAUCACGGUUUUGGAGCAGCACUCUGAUGGCCGAUGGAAAGGCUGUAUUCAUGACAACCGCACAGGAAAUGACCGUGUGGGCUACUUCCCCUCCAACAUGGUGGAAGUCAUCAAGAGGGCAGGUCACUCCCCCUCCCAGCAGUGCCACACCCUCCUGCUCCGCAGGCCCAACCCCUGUCCCAUUGCCACGGUCAACGGACACUCAUACCCCCCAUCCAGAGUCCUCCCACUGCAUCUGCCUCCCCCUCCUCCCCACCCCAACAUACAGUCCCUCCCUCGGUUCUCCUCCUUUGGGUACGUUCCUUUUCCCAUCUCUCCUCCAUCUCUAUCUACUCUUCCGUUGUCUACUCCUCCUCCUCCUCCUCCUCCUCCUCCUCCUCCUCCUCCUCCCCCUCCUCCUCCUCCUCCCCCUCCUCUCUCCACUUCUCAGGAGCAGCAGAGUCAGACAGGUUCACGGACUGCAGAGCAGAGUCCUCAAGGCUCUCCAACUCUGGGACAGCCGAGCGGCACCAGUGAGGAAAUCUGGGUGCUACGCAAACCGCUGUCAGGUGGUGAGCGCAGUGGCAGUGUGGGCAGCAUUGGCAGUAUUCGCUCAACCAGCAGCUUGCAGAGCUCUGGAAACACACAUGUUCUGACCACCCCAGCACCAAGUCCACACCCGGCAGCCACACCAGGAGUCAACACACACGGCCUUAACGCUCCAGGCCUGCACGCACAAGCUGAAGGAGUGAAACUCCUGGCCACUGUGCUGUCCCAGUCGGUAAAAGCCAAGGAGCAUCUCUUGGAGCAGUCGCAGUCUGUUGAGCAGUCAGCGAGCUCUUCCAGUUGUACCGUUCAUGAACAGCGGUCGUUUGAGCGGAAGGCAGAGGAGGAUGAUGGGAAAAAGCAGGCAGUAGUGGCGUGGCUUGGUGAGUUUCAGCUGCAGUUCUACACCACCCACUUCCUCACCGCGGGAUAUGAUCUAGACACCAUUAGCUGCAUGACCUCCGAGGACCUGACGGCAAUUGGGGUUAUGAAGCCUGGACAUCGAAAGAAGUUAACAUCAGAGAUCAGCAAGCUGCCCUCCACAGACUGGCUGCCUGACCACAAGCCUGCUAAUCUGGCAGACUGGCUGUCUCACCUGGGUCUUAGUCAGUACUACCAGGUUCUGGUGCAGAAUGGGUAUGAAAAUAUUGACUUUAUUUCCGACAUCAGCCUUGAAGAUCUGCAAGAGAUCGGCAUUACCAAACUCGGCCAUCAGAAGAAGCUGAUGUUGGGAGUAAAGAGACUAAAGGAGCUACAGAGGGGAGAAAUGAGCUCUGAGCCUCCUCAGAGCCCCUCUACACCUCCAUCCAGCCCAGGUGGCAGCACCGACUCAGAGCCCCGGAGGGAGGCGAGGAAGCAGAGGGACGGUGCCCCCAGCCCGCUGGCCAAACCUCGCCCAGUUCACACACAUUCACAGACUCCUCCCCACACACCGACACAAACUCCACCACAAACCCCCCCACAUGGCCGGACCCAGCAGGCCUCCCCCAGGGCUCGGCCGCGACCCUCCACCCAGAUGGCAGCAGAUUCGUUAGUACCACUGCUCCGCCUGCCCAGUGAGGAGGAAGAGCGACGGAGAACUCACAGUCUCAUUGGCUCAGAAUCAGACUCUAGAUACGCCACUGUGUGCCGCAGCAGCUCCACACACAUUGCCCCUAAUGAUGUCACCGUUAACCGCAGUCAAUCUUCUGUCACACUCCGUCCCCGUCGGAAAGGUCGGCCCCCGACACCACCUAAACGCUCCUGUUCUUCCAUCACUGGGGGUGACGGGGAGGCAGAGGGACAGGUGGAGGGGCUACUGGGUCUGCCAAGCUAUCGAGAGCGACGAGCCAGUGACUGUGGCAGCCUGGGGUCAGCUUUAAGAUCUCAGGACUCAGCGGGCCUGGAGAGAUCAGAGGGGGCUUCUGGGAGUGUUCGCAGCCUCGCUGCUAUGCUGGAAACGUCCAUCGUGGGUGGAACCCUGCCGAGAAAUCUGGGAGGCAGCACCACCUACCUACAGGUGAGUCCACCUGUACUUCGUCGGCAGGCGGGGGCAGGCGGUCUAGGAUCUGAGGAGGAGGAUGUCUUAAAUCGGCGCCGGACCAUCAGUGGACCGGAAGCCCUCCCUGGUGAUCCGAUCGACCUGUUACCUCGGCAACCAGUCCAGCAACGCCCAGAGCCUCGGCCCCGCUCCACCAUGGUCUCCUCAGCAUCAGAGAUCUCAGAUGGCUCAGCAACGCUCCGAAGGAGGCCGCGUCCUCUGCCGACAGACUCUGAGGCGCCUGCAUCCAUGGACGCCAAUGCUGUUACCCCGACAACCGGCUCUGACACCAUACGCAGGAGACAACGCGCGUCCGAGCAUACCGAAAGUGGCAUUCAAAGCAAUAACCAAUUGGACUCUCCCACCAGUCAAACGGAUAUUAGCCGGAAAAACGGAGGCGAGCCGCAGCAGAAUGGUGGCGUGGUGCUGAGGCGGAGGCCGGUGUCUGAGGUCUCUGAUAGGGUGGAGGCCAACAGGGAGAGCUGUGAGUGGAUGGAGGCGAGGAAGUCUCUGAAGCCGCCAGUCUCACCCAAACCAUCCACAGUCACCCUGAGGAAGACACAAGCUGACCCCCCAACCCCGACCCGCAGGGUCCCCAUACCCGGGCCUGAUAAUACUGAGCUGGCACAGAGCCCUGAGUCGAAACGUGUCCCUCCUCCGGUAUCCCCGAAACCUCGUGGGCCUCCAACAGCACCUAAACCAGGCAAAGCAAUAGUAGCUUCAGCUGCCAUGAGCCCCAUGAGUCCCGCUGCUACCAGCCCAGCUGCAGCCAGCCCCACUCCCGCCGCCAAACCCUGUACUCCGCUCUCUGCCGCUGCUCCUCUUCCCGCUCCUGACACGCCCUCUGCUCCCUCCCUCUCGCCGGGUCUCCCCCUUACUUCUCCCUCUCCGGCCCAGAGUCCCUCCACGCCCUCUCCACACCCUGUCAAACCUCCCCGCUCCUCCAUCGCCGGCCUCUCCAUCGACCUGCUGGGUGCACGGGACGUGGAGGAUGAAGAGGAGAGGAGGAGAGAGGAAGAGGAGAGGAGGAGAGAGAGGGAGCUCAAGAGGCACAAGGAGCAGGAGGAGGAGAGGAAGAGAGCGGAGGAUAAAAAUCUGAGGGAGCUGGAAAGUCAAGUAAGAGAAGUACAGCAGGAGGAAGAGGAGAAGCAUCGUCUGGAGGAGACCAGUGCCUCCUUAGCUGCCGCAGUGCAGGCCGUUGAACACAAAAUAAAAGAGGACGACGCACAAAAUGACAAAAAGGCUUCAGUCUCCAUCUUGGACGACAUCGGCAGCAUGUUUGACGACUUGGCAGACCAACUGGAUGCAAUGCUCGACUGAUCACUUGCCCACGCCUCAUCUCCAACAAGAUCUUUCCCUUCUCCCCUUCCAUCAUGUGUAGGUGUAUCAAGAAAACUCUCCCAAGGCUCGAGGCUGGCGCUCUGAGAGUGUGCGUGCGUGCGUGUGUAUGUGUGUGUUUGAGCGCUUCUCAUGUAGCCUUGUACAGUAAUACUGAGGAGGGAGUCCUCUUCGCCUUCCGAUUGCGAGGAGGCUGCUCCCACACAACCUCUGACCUCUGCAGCCCAGCGAGUCGCCGCCGCCUCCCCACAGCCCCAGAUGGCAGUGUGGACCCAGAAGCACAAUCAUUUUCAUCAUCCUUUUAUCUUUACGGACUCUGACAGAGAUGCAUACUCCGUCAGACAGGAAGGAAGACAGAUAAGCAUAUUGCUUGCAAAAAAAUAAGCACAUAAACUGACUGACAGACAGGCAGAUAGAUAGCUAGAUAGAUAGACAGGGUGUAUACAGAUGAGAUACCGCAGAGUUUUUAAAAGCACAUGGAAAGACAGGCCGCUUUCUGAGUCUGUCCCACUCCUGCGAUGUCAAAAGGAUGCAAUUUUCCAUAUGAAUCGUAGCCUCUAUUUCUCUUCUGUGUGAGUGGAGGAUUGUGGUUAGCCGGACUUCCUGACCUGUGUGUUGUCUCUCUUCACGUUGUUGUUGUUGCUGUUGUUAUUGUUGCUGUUGUUGUUGUUACGAGUGUGUGUGUGUAGUCCCCUGCUGAUGCUCAUGUCAAUGUCCUCCAACUCGUACAGUAGUUAUUCUAAUGGUCAGAACGACGAUGUAGAUGUGUGUCCCAUGACUUUUGAGACACUCACACACACGCACACACCCACACACACACACACACACACACACACACACAUUUCAUUGGUUUUAUUCUCGCUGGUGUUCUGCUUUGUUGGUGUUUCGCUCCAUCUACGGAGGUUUGCUUGGAAAUGAAUCUACACAUAUACAUACACACAUUAACAUGCAAAGACACAUAUAUACAAGCACACUCAUGCCGUGUAUCCCUUUGUCCUGCUGCAGUGAACAGUGUUUUUAAAAGAUAAUCCUAUAUUUCAAUGCUUUAUAUAGUAAAUCCAGUAUACAUGCAUAGAGUUUAUAGUAUACCUGGGUAUUUGAGCUGUUAGAGCUCCCUCUAGUGUUGGUUAGUGAAACUGCCUCUAAUCUGCCCACCUUACAUCUCGUCUCCCCUCCCCCCUUUUUAUCUCCCUCUGUGUCCGUUUUGUUAACUCUGCAUCUCUCUGUGCCUUGGUAGUGUUCUAUCAUAUAUUCAAACAAUUAUUUUUGUCUCUCUUUUUCUUGUUUUCCACUCAAACAUGUUUAAUGUUUUUUUCUGGUUCCUUACAAACCAUCGCUCCUUGUGUGUCUGUAAUGUCAAAAGUAGUUUAUAGGUUGAGUUGUGAGUCCUAUAUGAUCCCCUAAAAUUAAUCACCCUGUCUGCAGUCCUCCUGUAAGCAUUGACGAGCCCAUUUAGGCAUUUAUUUGGCUCUGCUCCUCCUCGGCUCCUCAGUUUUCAUUGGUUCCCCCAUGUAGACCAGACAGUGGAUCAACCACCAGUGUUCAUCCCAAUGAAGAGUCCACUUGUAUUUUUAUGCUCUUUGAAAACAAAGAUAUAUUUGAGAGACAGAUGGUUCUAUGUGAAUAAUAAUAAUAGUAAUGAUGAUAAUUAUAGACAUUGAAUUGAGGUGAGCUGAUUGAGCCUGUACAUUUAUGGUUGAGUUCUGGAUGUGUUGUGACGGCUGUUGUGCCAUGGUUGGGUUUAGGUUGUGUUUCUGCUGUGACGAUGCAUUCCUGUACAGCUGUGAUCGGAAUAAAUGUAUAAAUUAAACCUUA